UGCAGUGCAGUAGUGAUAUGAUGUAAUCAGCUCGUUGUACUUUCGCUGUUGCAUGCGCAUGUGAUGCUGAUACUAGUGUCAGGAUAUUGCCACAACUACAUGUAACAUUCUUCUUUGUGAAUUUGGCUUUUUUAAUUUAAUAGCAGUACGGCGUAUGGAGUAACAUCUGAGGACGCUUUUCACCGCCCGCAAACAUAUUUUGUUUUUAGAUAGCGUGGUGUAUCAUAUCAUCAGACAUCAGUGAACGUGUGAGCUGCUUUGUUUGCAUGAUGUGUAGUGAUGUGUGAAAGUUACUGCAGCAGUCGAGAUUGAAUUUGAAGUGCCUAUAUUGUUGCGUCUGACACAGCCAUGGGUGACUACUCAAGAGUCAGUACGAACAGUAAGGAACACUGUAAUGGGACAGUGGCAGGAAAUGACCCUUACCCUGCGGAGAUCGAUACAGCCGCGCCUGACGAUAGCUCUGUGAAAACACACGAGGGCAGCAGACGGAACCGCUGUCUCUGCCGGUGUCUGUUCCCCGAUGCACCAGCGUCAGAAUACAAGAAGACACUGAAGGAACUUUGUAGACUUUCAUGGCCACUGAUGCUGUAUUUGGCAGCAUCCAUGCUCUUCUCAAUGACUUCCAUCAUCUUUACAGGCCACCUGGGGAAGGAACAGAUUGUCGCAGCUUCUCUUGGGCAAUCGGUUAUUCAUGUGUUCUGGAGGGCACCUAUGAUUGGGUUUGCAUCUGGAGCUGACACACUCUUCACACAGACAUUUGGAAGCACAAAUAAGAAGCGCGUUGGGAUCAUGUUACAACGGUUCCUGGUAAUGAGCAUGUUAUUGGCCGUCUGUUGUUGGGGAAUUUUACUCAACACUGAAGGUUUACUGCUAUUGUUUGGACAGGACCCACGCAUUGCUAAAUUAUCAGGCGCAUAUGGCAUGAUUUUCAUCGCAGCCACACCAGCAGAUGUUGUUGUCGUUCAACUCAUGAAGUAUCUAGAGAGCCAGAGUAUAGUGAGACCACUGUUGAUUAUCACCAUCAUCAUGGGAGUCCUGAAUGUACUCCUGCACUUCAUUACUGUGUCGGCUUUGCAGUUUGGAUUGCCGGGAGCCGUCGGAGCCCAGGUCAUCACCUACUAUCUAGGGGCCUUCAUGAUAUCGGGCUAUAUCUACAAACGGCGCCUAUACAAGCUCACAUGGCCUGGCUGGUCAUGGGAUUGUCUCCAAGAGUGGGGCACCAUCGUCAAGCUGUCCAUAGGUGGUAUGGGCAUCUCCACCAUUGAAUGGUGGUGCUUUGAAGCUGGAUUCAUCAUUGCAGGGUUGUAUGGGAUAACGGAAGUUGGUGCCCAUGCUGUCCUGUUCAAUAUCUCUUCUUUGACGUGGUGUCUGGCGAAUGGUGUUGGUAUCGGUGGAUCCAUCUUGAUUGGAAAUAGUCUCGGAGCUAAACAACCAACCACGGCGCGUAUCACCAGUUGCCUUACUAUCAUCGUCACAGCAAUUCUCAGCAUGAUAUUCGUCGCUUUCUACUUGCCAUUGAAAGAUGUUCUUGGGUACAUCUUCACCAAAGACACUGACGUGGUCCAACUGGCUGCGAGUAUUGUGCCAAUCAUUGCUAUCAGUGAGGUAUUCGACAGCGUAAAUGGUGCAUUUUUUUGUAUUCUGCGUGGUUGUGGGUACCAGUAUGUCGGAGCUGUCGUGGUUCUCCUUGGUCAAAGCACAGGCCUUGUUCUUGGCGUGGCCUUGAUGUUUACAUAUGACAAAGGCUUAAAAGGUUUGUGGCUUGGUAUGAUGGCAGCACUCUUUAUUGAAAAUGUGAUGUGUAUGGUCUUCAUUUCGUGUUUCAUCAAUUGGGACAAAGAAGUCAUCAAGGCUCAGAAAAGAGCCGCAGUGCUGCCAACUACAAGCGAAGUGGACUGCAAGAAUGAUGCAGAAAUGCCAUUGGAGUCAAUGGGAGACAACGUCGAUGAAGAAGCAGUGAAGUUACCAACCACAAGAGACGAGGACGAGCGAACCUCUAUCAGAGAUGAAGAAGUUCAAGUCUGCCAGAAUGAUUGCCAUAGCGACGGAGAGAGCAACUCUCGGCGUCACAGUGAAGGGGAGCAGUCUGGCUUCUGUCAACAGGAACCCGAAAACACACAGGAUGCUGUUGAGGAGGCAGAAUGCGGAGAGGAAGAAACCAGACCCAACUGCAGUUCAGACGACGAGAAACAAGACGAGGCGAGACCAGCAGAAGAGGAAGAACCAGAGAUAGGUGUCCUGACGCUAGACAGAUUAUCAUUCGCCCAGCUCAUUUUGCGUCGCGGUCUGGCUCUUUUCCUUUGCAUUUCCUUCCUCCUGGCUUCAGUUUACGUCGCCGUUUACGUUGUUCCCGCCGUCCGACCUACCUUCUCAGAAUCGAUGAAUGCAACGGCCAACUCCACAUCAGAAUACAUCACUGAGAGUUUGAAUAAUGGCACAUACAUCGUGGGGGGUUUGGGUACUGGCGCAUUGACUGUUGAUUUAACAGAAUUCUAGCUGGCGAGUUAAAGCAAACCCCUUCCAUGUAAGUUUGAGGAGGAUAGCUUUUCUAUAUUUUCAUUUGAAUAACAAAACCCACAAUUCAUAUGGGUAGCUCAUUUCAGCUGCUGCUGACUUGAAGGGAGCCGCCCAUUAUUCACAAUAAGCCAUUUGCGAGUGACCUAUACCCUUUUGGAUAUAAAUUUGAAAAACGUCAGGUUUCCUGACUUGCUCAGAAUGCUUGGCACAUUUUAACUGAAUUCUCCAGACCUAAGACACUUUUGCUAAUCACAUGAUUCGGGGCAAGCUCUUGCAUAGUUAUGUAAGAGACGCUCAGC